AUGCGUGUCGACCCCUGUUUCUUCUGCGGGCGCCCGUCCUACCCCUCCAAGGGCAUCACCUUUAACCGCAACGAUGGCCGCUCCUUUCGCUUCUGCCGCAGCAAAUGCCACGCCAACUUCAAGCUCAAGCGCAACCCCCGCAAACUAAAAUGGACAAAGGCCUUCCGCAAGGCGGCCGGCAAGGAACUCACCGUCGACUCGACCCUCGCUUUUGGCGCUCGCCGCAACAUCCCCAUCCGCUACGACCGUGAUCUGGUCCAGAAGACGCUCAAGGCCAUGGAGCGCGUGUCCGAGAUCCGCGCCCGUCGCGAGCGCGUCUUCUACAAGAACCGCAUGAAGGGCAACAAGGCUCGUGAGCUCGCCCGCGCACGGAGACUGGUCGCGGAGAAUGAGCACCUGCUGCCGAGACUGCGCGGCAGUGAGAAGAAGAGGAUGGUGGAGAUGGGUGCCGAUGAGGAGGAUCUCGAGCUUGAGGAGGCAAGACUGCGCGAUGGCAAGAAGGCCGUCAGCAGGGCAUUCGGCGGUGAGCAAAAGAGACUCAAGGUGCGGAUUGAUGAUGAUGUGGAGGAUAUGGAGGCUGGCGUGGAUGAGAUGGACGUGGAGGAAUAG